CCAACCAUCGUCAUUCUGCGCUAGGCUCAAGGGCAAAAGCGGAAAGAGAAAAAAAAUCUGCAGAACGGACUUGGCUGGGCUCUCCCAUCUCCCUCCCCUCCCCCACCCGGUUCUACCGCCGCCAGGCCCGCCACCAUCGGCGACCUCACCGCCGGCGCGUCGCCAUUCCGUUGAAACCUUUUUCCUCGUCAGGGCAAGGCACUCCCCCCACCCCCCCACUCCCGGCCCUCUGCUUGGGCGGCACCGGCGUGGGCCGGGGAUCGGUGCCUCCGUUUCCUCGCCCUUCUUCUUCGUCCUAGCGCGCGAGGCCGAUCUACAUCUACCCUUGGCGCGGGGCGUCGGCGGGCGCGUGCUCCCGUUCACGGAGGGAUGGACAGGCUGGUGCAGUUCGGGAGGAAGGCGUGGUUCAUCGUGCGGGUGAUGUCCGGCUACGAGGAGAGGCGGAUCCGAUCCUACAGGCUGCAGCUGCAGAAGCGCCUCGAGAUGGCCCAAGCUAGGAAGGAAGAGCUGCGGAAACAGCCAGAAAAAGUUAUCUUGUCAGAGGUUCGUCAAGUGGUUCAGCAGAUGCAAGCUCUCAAUCAGCAUCUUGAAGAAGCUGAAACUGCCAUAGAUGAAUACUUCAAACCAAUUGACAAGAAUGCUAAGAUCAUAACCAAUAUGCAGUUGGAGAAAGAAGAAAAGCAAAUGAAGGAGAUGGCAAAAGUUAUGCAAGAGCAAAUAAAAAUGCAAAGAGAAAUCGCGAUGAAAAGAGCUGAGGCCGCCAGCCUAGAGUCCAAGGAUGCUCAAGUGAGUGAAAAAGUAGAUGAAAUCCCUACGAAACAAGAGACUGUAAAAUAGAUACUAUGUAUUGUUCCUUUUCUCAGGAAGUUAGUGUGCCUGUGCAUACUCUUUGCACUUGUUUUGGGCUAGGUAAUAAGUAUGUACUAUGCGACAGUCACCAAUUUUGUACUUCUCAGAGGCUAUUCUUUUCUCUGCGGAUUAUUGUCGGGCAUACUCCCUUUUCAUUUUUCUAUUACCACGGAAGAUUUGUUUGGG